CGCAGCAGCCUUCGGGAAAUCUCUUCGCUACCCGGUAGAUAAGAUAAAACCGCCACCAGGGCAGCCCCCCACUCCGCCAUGUAUAAAUACUCUUCUCAGCUUCCCUCUGAAAACCCUUCCGAAUUAAUUCAGCGUAUCUGGUAAUUGUUAUUUGUUUUUGGUUCGUGACAAAAUCAUAAGAAAAGGGGUAGAAGAAAAUUAACCAAGGUCGAAGAUGCUGGCAAUAUUUCACAAGGCGUUUGCUCACCCGCCGGAGGAGCUGAACAGUCCGGCGUCCAAGAAGCGGAAGCUGCCGGAGGAGACUCUCCGGGACUUUAUCGCAGCCCAUCCCGACAACACCUUCUCUCUGAGCUUCGGACAGUCCGCUGUCCUCGCUUACGUCCCGCCUGAAACCCCUCACUGCCUUCGUCAGAGGUUGUUUUGCGGGGUGGAUGAAAUAUACUGCCUGUUCAUGGGGAGCUUGAACAACCUCUGCCACCUGAUCCGGCAGUACGGGCUGUCCAAGGGCACGAACGAGGCCAUGUUCGUGAUCGAAGCUUACCGGACUCUCCGGGACCGGGGGCCAUAUCCGGCUGACCAGGUCGUCAAGGAUCUGGACGGAAGCUUCGCCUUCGUUGUCUACGACAGCAAAGUUGGCUCAGUUUUUGCCGCCUUGGGGUCUGAUGGGGGAGAGAAGCUGUACUGGGGCAUAGCGGGGGACGGGUCGGUGGUGAUAUCGGACGAUGUGGGGGUGAUAAAGGCGGGGUGUGCCAAGUCAUAUGCCCCGUUUCCGACGGGGUGCAUGUUCCACAGCGAAGGGGGGCUGAUGAGCUUCGAGCAUCCGAUGAACAAGAUGAAGGCGAUGCCCAGGAUCGACAGCGAGGGGGUUAUGUGUGGAGCCAACUUCAAGGUGGAUGUCUACUCCAGGGUUAACUCCAUCCCUCGUACCGGCAGCGAGGCCAAUUGGUCCCAUUGGGAUAGGGAUGAGUGAUGAGUCCCCCAAUUAUCAUUAACAACACUGCUCCUGCUGCCCAACUCUCUUGUCUCUGUCUGUCUGUCUGUCUCUCUCUCUCUCUCUCUCUCUCUCUCUCUCGCUUUGCUUCGUGGUUAUUCAGAAAGAAAUAUGUAACUUAGUCCUGUUUAAGGUUUCACCGUCUACCUAUAUAUGUAUAGUAACUUUCUACCCUUUCAUUAGGGUUUGCGGGGGGAAGACUGUAGAUGUAGUCCAAUAAAAUAUGGGUAAUGUUUACCACACAAAAACUGGGAUUAUAUAUAUUUCUUUAAUUGUUUUCGCCUCAUUAACAUGUAAUAAAUAGGUUUUAUUUAAAAGUAAUAUAUAUGCUUUGUACUGUAUUUAAGCAAUUAAUUAAUGGGCGCAGUUUAACA